AUGAAUCCUGUCGAUGAACAUACCAUUCAUAAAAUGGCUGAAAAGUUCGAAUGGCCUGAUCCAGUUAACAACUUAUGGGAAAAGUACACAAUUUUGGUUAAUUCACCUAAUGAGGAUGAUGAUGAUGAUGCAAAUAAUCCACUUAGCUUACUGAGCACUUUGAAAUCCGUACUAGACUCUCCAAUCAUAAACGAUGAUUUUGCAAAGGAAGAAGAGAAAAAUAGAGAUAGAAGUAUCAAUCUUGAAAGUUUGCUACAUAAUGCAGACAAUCAUUUAAGAAAAGUUGCUAAUCACAUAAUCAAUUCAAAGGAUCCGUCAUGGAGGACUCAAUAUGCCAAAAGCGUGUCGAAAGUUAAGGCGGAAACUUUGCGAAUGCUGCAUGAUAUUCUUUACAAGGAGAAUUCAGUUUGGAGCAUUGAAGAUUGUCAAAAUCUAGUGGAAAAUUUGUUUCAUGAACAACUUUCUAAAGUUUUAAGCGACGAAUUACUCCUGGAUAAAAAAUGAAGUGUCUUUAUGUCAAACAUUAAGAAGAGAUGUGAGAUACUUCAAAUGUAUAUUACCCUAUAUUGUCUUUCCAAUUUAUUUUUUCAUACAACUGUUCAUUUGUACAGAUUUUUAUGGUUUAAAUAUACUCUGAGAAGACGAAUACUUCU